AUGGAAAAACACAAUCGGACAGUGCUGAGUGAAUUCAUUCUCAUGGGAAUCACAGAUCGCCCUGAGCUGCAGGCUCCACUAUUUGGGCUGUUCCUGCUCAUCUACGUGAUCUCGGUGGUGGGCAACUUGGGCAUGAUCAUCCUCACCAAGGUGGAUGCCAGGCUCCAAACACCCAUGUACUUCUUUCUCAGACACUUGGCUUUUACUGACCUUGGUUAUUCCACAACCGUGGGCCCCAAAAUGUUGGUAAAUUUUGUUGCAGAUCAAAAUUCAAUUUCCUAUUAUCUUUGUGCCACACAGCUGGCUUUCUUCAUCAUGUUCAUUAUCAGUGAGCUCUUUAUUCUGGCCGCAAUGUCCUCUGACCGCUACGUAGCCAUCUGUAAGCCUCUGCUCUAUACCGUCAUCAUGUCAGAACCGAGGUGCUGGGUGCUGGUGGCAGUCCCUUAUCUCUACAGCACAUUUGUGUCUCUGCUAAUCACCAUAAAGCUUUUUAAUGUAUCCUUCUGUGGCUCUAACAUCAUCAAUCAUUUCUACUGUGACAAUUUCCCCUUGUUAUCUUUGCUUUGCUCGAACACACAUGAAAUUGAAUUUAUGAUCAUGAUUUUCUCCGCUUUUAAUUUGAUUUUCACCCUUGUGGUAGUUCUUGUGUCUUACCUGCUCAUCUUUGCAGCCAUUCUCAGGAUGAACUCUGCCGAAGGUAGAUGGAAGGCUUUUUCUACCUGUGGAUCCCACCUGACUGUGGUAACAGUGUUUUAUGGGACUUUGACAUUUAUGUAUGUGAAGCCUGAGUCCAGUCAUUCCUUUGACACCGAUAAAGUGGCUUCCAUAUUUUAUACCCUCGUCAUCCCCAUGUUGAAUCCCUUGAUUUAUAGCUUGAGAAACAAAGAUGUAAAACACGCACUACGGAGGAUGUGGAAAAAACUAUGCAAUGUUUUUUCUUAG